AUGUGGAGGACGUUGUUUAUCUUCGCUUUGAUUGCGGCUACAUCCGCUCUGCCCGCCCAAGAUACGUCGUACUCUGAAAACGAUCUCGACGACUGCUUAAAGAAAGACCCUACAUCCUGUCUGAAAAACAAGUUCUUCUCAUACGUGGACAAGUAUAUAGGGCAGAAGGAUUCGUUCGCUCUUACCGAUGGAGUGAAGAUCUACAAGUCAGCUGAUGUCAUACAGACGGGAGCACCCAGAUCUCUCGACCCGCUUUCAAGACUGAGGACCUAUUUGGAAACUCAUUCUCUUAGUGUUGAAGUGAAAGGUACUGACAUUUUGGAUGCUGUGACUGGUGCAGGAAGAGCUCUUCAAGAUACUGUGACUUCCUUCGUCGAUGAUGACGCCGCGGAAGAAAGCAGAGGGAAAAAGAAGAAAGCCUCAAAAAUCCUUGGGCCAAUAAUGGCGAUUAUGGCUAUGAAGAUGAUGGCAAUAAUGCCUCUUGCGAUCGGAGCUAUAGCGUUAAUAGCCGGCAAGGCGUUACUGAUAGGAAAACUGGCAUUGGUCUUGUCAGCGAUAAUUGGUUUGAAGAAAUUGAUGUCACAACAGAAGCACGUGACUUAUGAAGUGGUGGCGCAUCCUCAGCAUACAUCUAGUCACACUUCGAGCCACGAUUAUGGAGGUACAAGCGGAUAUGGCGGAGACUCGUCUAGUGGUUACAGUAGCGGCGGAGGUCACGGAAGCAGCGGAUGGGGUAGGUCAUUAGACGCGCAGAGCCUAGCGUAUUCAGCCCACAAACCCCAUUAGUUAGACACGGUUACUUGCUCCGAUAAAUCUGUUUUCACUCGGCGCGGUGGAUGCGAAUCGCGGUCUGCGACAUAGUGAUAGUUUUGCGUUUAA